GCCUGUUACGAUACAAACAACCUUUCAACUUCAAAAACAUUAGUAAUACACAAAUAAUGAUUUUCUAAUUACCAAAAAUACAUUAGUAUAGUGGAAAGGAAGCAAAUAUAAAAAUGAUUAAGAAAUAAUUGUAACACAAAAUAGUGAUUUGCUUAGCGUAACGUCUUUCCAAAGAUUCACAAAACCCCAAAAUCACCACCCAUAGCUAAAAAAGAUGUACCAAUUUUCUGUACCCCCAAAUCUCACCCUUUUCAGUUUUCCCUUACCUCUUCACUCUCACCGGAAAACCACUGUCUCCUUUUUCUAUUUUCAUCAUUUUUUCCCUUUAACAAUUAGUGCCUUUUUAGCUGUAAAAAAAUGUGGACUUUAUUAGAAAUUCAUAAUGGGGUUUUGAGUUAUGGUGGUAUUUCUUGAAUCUUGAAACCUUUCUUGCAGGACUUUGAGCCAUGGGUAAGUGCUUCUUGUUUUGAAAAAUACAAUGUGAGAGUUGAAUUCCCAUUUUGGAAAGAGAAAGAGAAAAAAGUUUGUGUUUUUAUGUGUGUGAUGAUGGUUGCUGCUGUUUCUUCAACUGGCCGACAAAACCCCAAAACCCCAUCACAAGAUGAACCUCAAAAUAAUCCAAGAAGACCACCAUUAUUACCUUCUGAGAAAGAUAACAAUGGUGUUUCUACUAACCCAAAAAGACCCAAAUCAAGAACUGUUCAAUCUAGGUAUAUGUCUCCUUCUCCUUCCACUUCUUCUUCUAAUUCUUCUUCAGUAUCUUCCACUUCUUCUUCUAGAAGAUUCCCUUCUCCUUUAGUUUCAAGAAAUACAACUCCUGUUUCAGUUCCCAAAAGAUCUGUUUCAGUGGACAGGAGUAGGCGGUCUAGUACAGUUUCUAGGCCACUUACAGCUGAUCUUGAUUCAAAAUUAAGCAAUGUAGGUGAAGUUUCUGCAGCCACUAAGUUGUUAGUGACAUCUACUAGGAGUUUAUCUGUAUCAUUUCAAGGUGAAACCUUUUCACUUCCAGUAAGUAAGACUAAAGCAGCUCCACCUUCUCCUAAUUUGAGUAGUUUAAGGAAAGGUACACCUGAGAGGAGAAGGACUAGUACUCCUCUUAGAAAUGGGGCAGAUCAGUUGGAGAAUUCUAAGCCUGUUGAUCAGCACCGUUGGCCCGGUAGGGCCCGGCCCGGGCAGGGGAAUCCGCUGAUGAGGAGCUUAGAUUGUAGUAAUGGGGAGAGGAAUAAGGUUAUUGGAUCUGGGAAUGUAAUUAGGACAUUGCAACAAUCUAUGAUUGAUGAAAGGAGGGCGUCAUUCGAUGGCAGGUUGAGUCUUGAUUUGGGAAAUGCAGAGCCUUUGAAGGCUGUUGAAGAAGGGAAUAAUGUAAAUGAAUCGUCUCUGCCGUCUGAUCUUACUGCUUCGGAUACUGAUAGUGUUUCUUCGGGUAGUACUUCAGGAGUGCAGGAGUGUGGUGGGAGUGGGGCCCGUAUACGCGGGGGCGUGCCUCGUGGGAUCGUUGUUUCUGCUAGGUUUUGGCAAGAAACGAAUAGUAGGUUGAGGAGGUUGCAGGAUCCCGGUUCACCUCUAUCAGCAAGUCCAGGGUCGAAAUCGUCUGUGCCACCAAAGUUGAGAAAGUACUCGAGUGAUGUCCCAAUAUCGUCCCCGCGAGCAAUGUCUUCACCUAUACGUGGUGGUGGCAUUCGGUCUGCAUCUCCCAGUAAGCUUAUAGGAUCAUCUCCUUCAAGAGGAAUGCCUAGUCCAUCUCGUGUCAGAAAUGUGGUUAGCACCAUUAAUAGUAACUUCGUUGAGACCCCCUCGGUUCUUAGUUUUGCUGUUGAUGUUCGGAGGGGAAAAGUAGGUGAAAACAAGAUUGUUGAUGCACACUUGCUGCGGCUUCUUUACAAUCGACACUUACAGUGGCGCUUUGUAAAUGCUACGACUGAAGCAACAUUGCUGGUGCAAAAGCACAGUGCAGAGAAAACUCUGUGGAAUGCAUGGAUAACAAUCUCAGACCUGCGUGAUACAGUCACUAAGAAGAGACACAGGCUACAGUUGCUGAGGCAAAAACUGAAGCUAGCUUCCAUUUUAAAGGGACAGAUGAUGUCCUUAGAAGUUUGGGCUUCAUUUGACAAAGAACAUUCCAUCUCACUCCUCGGAGCAAUUGAAGCCUUGAAAGCUAGCACUCUUCGUCUACCGGUUGUUGGAGCUAAUAUUGACAUACAAAACUUGAAGGAUGCUGUUAGUUCAGCGCAUAGCGUGAUGCAGGCAAUGGCAACCUCAGUCGGUUCCAUUUUGGGCAAGGUGGAGGAAUUAAAUUCUUUGGUAAGUGAACUUGCCAAAGUAACAGCCAAAGAGCAGACUUCUCUUGAACAGUGCAAAGAUUUCUUGUCGAUGAUAGCAACAAUGCAGGUUAAAGAUUGUAGUUUGAGAACACACGUAAUACAACAUAACCGCAGAUCAACAACCUGACAAGACAGGUGUAGAACUGAUCUUAUUUGACCAAUUUUUAAUGCUAACACCAUAUAGUAACGGUGGCCCAGAGCAAGAGAAUGAUGACUAGUACUGGUCUUGUUAGGCAAUUUUUGCAACACCAUCUGCGCCCUAAUCAAUGUAAUUCUUCUCUAUCAGAAGAUGAUUUCGGAAUGUGAUUUCUUUCUCACUAAUUAGUAGUUGUAUACAUGCUCUAAUUUUUCGUUCUUUUCUUUUUCCACCGUUUGUCAAGGAAGAAGAGAAAAAAGAACUCGUGUAUAUAUAUGUAAAAUUCUAACUAGGGAAUGAUUCAGCAGUUCGUGGAA